AUGACGUGUCCGUGCAACCUAGAGUUUCACAAGGAGAGGACAACAAGGAAAGCAAAGGCAAAGUCUUGUUUAUAUGCUGCUGUCUCACCUACCAUUUUCAGCAGAAUUAUGGCUUGUGAAUUAGCCAAAGCUAUAUGGGACUUCCUCAAAGCUGAGUAUCAAGGAGAUGAGAGGAUUAUAAGCAUGAAGGGGCUAAACCUGAUCAUAGAAUUCGAGAGACUGCAGAUGAAGGAAUCUAAGACAAUUAAGGAGUAUUCUGAUAAGUUGAUAAGCAUUGCAAAUCAGGCAAGAGUUCUAGGCACUGACCUCUCUGAUAAUAGGCUAGUGCAAAAGAUUCUUGUCUCCUUACCCGAAGGGUUUGAGGCAACCAUUACCUCUUUGGAGAAUACCAAGGAUUUGUCUCAAAUCAAGUUGGCAGAAUUGCUAAGUGCUCUACAAGCACAAGAGCAAAGGAGGUUAAUUAGGCUGGAAGGAAGUACAAAAGGAGCUUUGCUAGCCAAAGAACAACAAAAUGUAGCAAGAAAAGUCAAGAAGUGGAAAGGGAAGAAAGGAAAGGGUAGUAGUGGUUCAGAAGCUGCUACAGGAGAGAAUAGUGCCGGUCUGCAAAGAGAAGAGAUCAACGACAAGGUGAGGCACAUGCUGCAGUUCAGCAAGAGUUGGCUUGUUGAUAGUGGUUGCACAAACCAUAUGACAAGUGAUGAAACGUUGUUUAUAAACCUUGACAAGUCGUUGAAGUCAAUAGUGAGGAUUGGGAAUGGGGAGUACUUAGAAGUGAAGAAUUUGCUGAGUGUGGGGCAGUUGGUAGAAAAGGGAUUUAAGGUGAUAUUUGAAGAAGAGAAGUGUUUGAUCUUUGACUCCAGUGGUCAAGAGUUGUUCAAGAUAAAAAUGCAACAGAAGAGUUUUUCUUUGAAUCCUCUUGAGAAGGAGUAG